AUGAGUUUUGAAAUCCAUGAUCAAAUCAAAGAUAAGUUUUCUUAGAUCUUUACCAAAGAGUCCAAUAUUAAUUAAACUAAACCUUUAGAUGCUUUUCUUCUCCUAUUUAUAUUAGUCAUUUGGCCAUUGAUAGAAUCCACUGAUAAUCAAGAGUAUUAUAUUAGUUUCAGAGUCAUUCUAAUCUUCAUUAUAGCUAACAAUAUAAGAAAUACAAAAUAAGAUAAUGCUAAGAUUUUAGUUUAUUUAGGAAUAAGCAUCCAAUUAAUCAGCAAUCUUAUUUUUGUAUAUUAAGAAUAAAGGUAUUUUUGAAUAACAAUAUUUAUAAAGCAAUUAGCAUUGUCAAAAUUAUCUAAUCACAAUUGCUUUUUUGAUACUGAUUUCAAUUAGAUUUUAAUUCAAUUAUAUUCGUGAAUUUACUUAUUCAAUAUCAUUAAUAUUCAUAAUUACCUAAAUAUAUUUUCAAAAUCAAGUAUUUCAAAUAAUCAAGUAUUUUGUUAUUGCUUUAAUAUCAAUUGAAGGAAAUCUAUGGAGAGUUAAUUAUUUUAAGAAAGAUUAAGAUAACAAGAUAGUAGAUUUUAUCAAAGAGUUAGAUUUAAUUAAAAAAUGUUAUAAUGAAUAAAUUAUAAAAUUGUAAGAUUAUUAGGAAUGUGAAGUUUAAUAAUAAUUAUCUUCUAGAGCAAAUGAUUUGUUAAAAAAAUUAAGAUUAAUCAAAUAUUAACAAUUAUUAAUUAAAAAUAAUACUUUUCAAAAAGGAAUACGAAAAUCAAAAAAAAUGAAUUCUGAAAUUCAUUAAAAUGCUUUCUCACUUAAAUAAUUACCUGAAGAUUAUUCUUAAGAUGAAUAAAGUUCAAUUUAAUAAGAUAUAUCAAACAAUAAUUUUUAGAAUAUAUAAAAUGAUAAUCAUCCUUCACAAUUUAGAAGAAAAUCUUAAAGACUUAUGACAAGUGCAACUGAUUAAAAUUUUAGAAUUAAUGAAAAUACUAAUAGUCCAUCCUUUUCUGAAAAGAAUAUAGAAGAAUUUAAAAUAACAACAGAAGAUAUAGAUGAUUUAUUGAACUUACUAUCAGGGAAAAAAGAAUCAAUUUGGCUUCCAAAAUUUUUAAGAAGCAAUUAAUUAAUUAAUGAUUAAGAAGGAUUCAGUGUGGAUGCUAAAUAGUAAUGAUACCUAUAUUAUUGGAUAGAUUUUUAUUAUCUCAUUUUACACAGAAAUAACCAUCAUUUGAAUAUAUCUAAGAUUACUAGGAUAAAAUUUAAGAAGAAGAAUUGGAGAGUAUAGAUUUUAAUGCAAAUUUUUUACAAUAUUGUAGAAAUAAAUCUUAGGAUAAUUUACAAACAAAAAUCUUUUUUGAGAAUACAAUAAAUUUUUUCAAGAGAUUUAAAAUUGUACAAACUUUUAAGAUAAAUAAAUCUGAAUUAAUAGGAGAAUUUGCACUUAAAGUUGACAUGUCUUAUCAUAAUAAUCUAUAUCAUAAUUCUAUGCAUGCAUUAGAUGUAACAAAUUCAAUUGCAUUUUUUUUGGAAAAUGGUUUAAAUGAAUUAUUAGAUGAAUUUGAAUAAGCUUGUUUGAUAAUUUCAUCUAUGGUACAUGAUAUAGGACAUCCAGGUUUAAAUAAUGGAUUUAUGAUAAUUAACAGAUGUAAAUUAGCUUUGUUAUGUAUUUAUAUAUAUAUGUUAGAUAAUGAUUAGAGUGUACUUGAAAAUUAUCAUUCUUUUUUAUUGUUUUAAAUUCUAUCAUAAGAUUAAUUCAACAUUAUCUAGAAUUUAGGAUAGGUUGAAUAAAAAGGAUUUAGAAAAUAUUGUCUUAAUUUAAUCUUGGAUACAGAUCUUACAAGACAUUUUUAAUUAAUGAAUAGAUUCUAAAAUUACUUAGAAUUAACAGAAUCAUAAGACAUAGAUAAAAAUUUGUUGAUGUCUAUAUGUAUUAAAUGUGCAGGUAUCAAUUAAAACUUCAUAUAAGAUGUUGGUCAUGGAGCAAAAUAAUUAAAAAUACAUAAAUUAUGGAGUCGUAGAAUAAUUGAAGAAUUCUUUUUAUAAGGAGAUUUAGAAUCAUAUUUGAAAGUACCUGUAUCACCCAUGUGUGACAGAAAAUAGUGUAUCUACAAAUCUCAAGAGGGAUUUCUAAAAGCUAUUGUUUUGCCUAUGUUCAAUGCGUUUGUUACUUUAUUGCAGAAGUACAUGAUAGUCUUACUCUGCAUAGUGAAAGGGUGACACAAAUUUGUUUAGAGUAAAUUCAUGAGAAUUUGAAGUAUUGGUAGGAUCAAAUAGAUGAUGUAGAAUUUAUAAAUGAGACUCAGAUUGAUAUACCAGGACUGGAGAAUUUAAAGAAAUUUUUGAAUUAGCCAUUAUAAUUAUGUAUUUGA